AUGACAAACAACUACUUCCCGUCAACAUUUGUUAGGGAGUUCCGUUUGAAGAAGGAUAGUGUGGAACUAUUUGGUGGAGUAGAUGGUGUUUGUGGUGGAGGUGAAGCUUUUGGUGGAUCAGAUGGUGGUGAUGGAGAUGAAUUUGAGGGUGAAAUAGGACUUGUUGGUGGGUUGGCCACUAGUGUUGGUGGAGGGGAAUUCGUUGGUGGAGUAAAUACUGGUGGUGGUGAAGGUGAACUCCUUGGUGGAUUAGAUAAUAGCAGUGGUAGGGGCGAUGAACUCGUUGGUGGAUUGGAUGCCAUUGGUGGUGGUGGUCGUGGUCGAGAUGAACUAGUUGGUGGAUUAGAUAUAGGUGGAGAUGGUGGUGGUGAUGAGCAAGGCCGGCUCAAGGAUAUAGGUGGAGAUGGUGGUGAUGAUGUAGGUGAAAUGGAUUGUUGA